UCCUGUUCUGAUUUUAGAUCUCGGCCGAUAUUUGUUGAGUUGGUGAUUCCAGCUUUUACACUGACACUUGUUGGACACAGAGCUGCCGUCUUUCAGCGCUAAUUUUCUGAAACCGCUCUGAUCUUAUUUACAACUGAUCGACUUUUGGCAAUAAAUCAUCACAUUAAUAAAACGAAGACAUAUUAUCGUCUGUACAUUUGGCUUUGACGUUGUUUCCUGUGUCAGCACGAUGAGUAAAAAGGCUAUGAAAGCUCCAGAUAGGCCAUCUUCUAAAAUGUCCAAAGCUACCCUCGCACCAAAGUCGGGCAUGAGCGUGAAGUUGUACUUUCAACAGAACUGGAGACGAGAUGUUAGAGUGUUUCAAACUGAUCACCAGACAGAGUUUAGGAAGUUUUUAAAGCAACUUAAACAAGUUCUCAAACUUCGUGACAACCAAAACAUUGUAAUUAAAUGGCAAGACGAUACAGGCGACCUGAUAACGAUAUCGAGUGACUCCGAAAUGCAGCUCGCCACAAAACACAUCAGACACACUGACACUCUCAAUAUCAUUGUGCAGUUGCUGGAGGAAGUUUCGAGUCCGACCCUUUGUGAUAAGUGUGACCAGACGAUUAUCUGCAACAUCCGGUACAAGUGCGACAAGUGUGCCAACUUCGUGUGCUGUGUCAGGUGCUACCAAUCUGCUCACAACAAACCGAGUAUCCACGAGCACGAGCUGUACAAAGAAAAGUAUCCGUGUUAUUGUCCAAUGCACAGAACAUCAGAAACUGAUGUCCACACUUUUCCUCCAGACCGACCCCUCUCCGCUGUACCUCCUCACCUCAUGCACCUUCCUGGAGACAGUCAUAGAGGACGGAGCUCCAGUCUACCAAACGGUAUCCAAGGAAAUUACCACGGUCACCAAGGUUACCAAGGUCACCAUGGUAACCAACAACACUAUCCAAGUAACGGCUACCACAGAUCCUCCAGUAUGGGGCAGGGCGGACAGUAUUCAAAUAGUAACAGUAUGGAGGAUCUCAUGAUGCGAGGAUUGAACCCAACUUGUCCGGACCUGCUACCCGAUGACUAUGAUAACAACUAUAGGACAGCAGAGAGGCGAGAGGUUCUUAGUGGCCCAGAAGGACAGGUCUACAAGCAGCAGCAAAUGUCCGUGUUCCAGAAUCCAGAGUCCGGUGUGGUUGCAAUAAGGUCUAGAAGAAGUCGUGAAACCAGGUCCAAAACCCAACAACUCGGCUGAUGUGUGAUAUUGUGAACCGGCCAUGUCAAAUGUUAAUUUCUAACAUGAUCAAUGACUCUACUUCUUAAUUCUAUAUUAAUAUAGAUAUGUACACUUGUAUGGAUUUUAUCGACAACUACAGUGCGUCGACUUAGAAUUGGUGGUUUUAACAUUUGUUUACUAUGAGUAUGAUCAGCCGCUCAAAAUACACAUUAAAAUCGAUCCAAUCAUUAAGAUUUUCAGAGUUUCUAACGUUUCGAGUAGAAAUACC